GCCCCGCCCUGGUGAUCUUCUCAUGUCUGGCAGCAGGAGCGGUGACUCCAUGGAAGGCGUGGUUUUGGUACCACCCUGCAGCCAUGUUGAUAGGAUACGUGGCUCUCAUGGGCAACGCUGUGCUGGUGAAGAAGAUCGGAGGCCUGCAAGCAACGCAGAUCCACGGCCACCUGAUGAAUGCUGGCACUUUGGUUUGCGCCUUUGGCUAUUAUGUCAUCUAUUCCAACAAGGAGGCCAACGGCAAACCGCACAACACGAGCUGGCACGGGAAGCUAGGAGACUUGUUGUGAUGGUGUUCACCGUCAUCAUGGCAGUGGCGGGCAAAAUUGCUUUAGACCCUUCGAUGGGGAUGCUAAGGACAGCCAAGGAGGUCCGGAAAAUGCACCGCUACUCCGGCAGGAUCAUGCUGGUAGCUGCUUGGGUCUGCUCCAUCAUGGGGUGGUACACCUUCCAGAAGAUGGCCAUCUUGCCUGUGGCGAUCUUUGCCUUACCGCUGCUGGCGUUUGUCAAGGUGAUGAUGUGAGAGAGGUUUGUUGGCCAAGUGCGUGCGUUGUACCCGCGGCGUCGCUGCAACGGUGCGCGAGAGGAGC